CCGCUCCAGCAGCCGCCGCCGCCACCACCGCCACCACCGCCGGGAGCUCGAUGGGCUUCUCUUGCGCGCCGCCCUGUGUCUGGCCGAGUCCAGGGAGCCGCGGCGCCUCGUGCCGGGGAGCCAUCGCUGCAGCCCGAGGCCGGAUCGCGGGUCGGGGGCUGCAGGGGGAGCGACGGCGGCGGCAGCAGCCGAGCCCCACCGGGGGCCUGGGACUGGGGAACUGCCUCCGGCUUCACGAUGCCAGUAUGGACAGAAUAGCUUAUGAUGCUUAUCCCCGCCCACCACUUCCGAGACAUUGAGCGGAAGCCAGAAUACCUCCAGCCGGAGAAGUGCGUCCCACCUCCCCACCCCAGUCCUGUGGGAACCAUGUGGUUUAUCCGUGAUGGCUGUGGCAUCGCCUGUGCCGUUGUCACCUGGUUUCUGGUCCUCUAUGCGGAGUUUGUGGUCCUCUUUGUCAUGCUGAUUCCAUCCCGAGACUACGUGUACAGCAUCAUCAAUGGAAUUAUGUUCAACCUGCUGGCCUUCUUGGCCCUGGCUUCCCACUGCCGGGCCAUGUUGACGGACCCCGGGGCAGUGCCCAAAGGAAAUGCCACUAAAGAAUUCAUCGAGAGUUUACAGCUGAAGCCUGGGCAGGUGGUGUACAAGUGUCCCAAAUGCUGCAGCAUCAAGCCUGACCGAGCCCACCACUGCAGUGUUUGUAAGCGGUGCAUUCGGAAGAUGGACCACCACUGUCCCUGGGUCAAUAACUGUGUUGGCGAGAACAACCAGAAGUACUUCGUCCUGUUUACAAUGUACAUAGCUCUCAUUUCCUUGCACGCCCUCAUCAUGGUGGGAUUCCACUUCCUGCACUGCUUUGAAGAAGAUUGGACAAAUCUCCUGCAAGCCUAUGGACCUAUCAGGGAAGAAACAGCAGAGGCCCGAAUAUCUCUUCAUGAAAAAAAGCAGCCCCUUAAAGUCAGUUCCACAGAGUGCAGCUCCUUCUCGCCACCCACCACAGUGAUCCUCCUCAUCCUCCUGUGCUUCGAGGGGCUGCUCUUCCUCAUUUUCACAUCAGUCAUGUUUGGGACCCAGGUGCACUCCAUCUGCACGGAUGAGACGGGAAUAGAACAAUUGAAAAAGGAAGAGAGAAGAUGGGCUAAAAAAACAAAAUGGAUGAACAUGAAAGCCGUUUUUGGCCACCCCUUUUCUCUAGGCUGGGCCAGCCCCUUUGCCACGCCAGACCAAGGGAAGGCAGACCCGUACCAGUAUGUGGUCUGAAGGACCCCUGACCAGCAUUGCCACUCAGACACAAACCACAUCCCAGCACUACCAUCCAAUCCGUUCUCAUGAACAUUUAAACCGAAAAAGCAAAACAACUACUCUAAAACAAUUUUUUUAAUGUCUCAAGUAAAAUGGCUGAACAUUGCAGAGAAAAAAAAAUGUCCCCAUGUUUUAUUUUUAAAAGAUCAUCCUUUCUAUUUUUUGGUGACCGAAGCUGCUUUUCUUUUUUCCUUUUUAAAAUCACUUCUCUGAUCUCUGGUUUCCUCUCUGCUGUCUGUCUGGCAUGACUAACGUGGAGGGCACUGUCUCCAGGCCAUGCCGCCUUGUACUAACUGAGUCGUGACGCUUGUGCGUGGAUGGACCGGCCCGGACACCUGUUUGGGACGCAUAGGAGGGCCCAUGACCUCCCACUGCCCAGGAGGCAGUGGUGAGCGCCUAAAUGGGAGUUAAAACCUCACCGAAGAUGGAUGCUUACUCCUUGUGACCUGAGAGGGCCAGGAUCAGGGCUGGAGCCCUAAAAAGGGUCCUUGACACAGUGGCCUCAUCCCCCAUGUGAACACAAUUCGCCUCCUAAUUCACAAAAUCAAUUGCCUGCGUAGUACUUUAUGGGCUGUGGGUGUGUAUAAUGACUUUGGGGUGGGGGAUGGAGAUGAAAGGGGUCUUAUUUGUAUUCGGAAUCACCAGUUAUAUUCCAACUCUGAUGAUUUGGAAGAAUGUGAAAGAAAGAAGUUUCUCCAGUUCAAAAUGCCUUAUACAAUCAAAAGAAGAAGAAAAUGACCCAGCUUCAGGCGAGCUACAUUUCCCUCAUUAACGUUUGCUUCUUCUCUGACCUCCCCACCUCCCUCCCUCUCCUAGAGAGGUGUCGGUUAAGCAGUGUUACUGCCAAGGGAAACAGCCUCAGCUCCACCGUCAACCCCUUCUUCCUCAUUUUGUAAAUCCCUGCAGUGGGUUUACUUUCUGAUAUUUUAGACCCAUAAAUGUGCACAUACCCAUGUCUUGUCUGUAUUUUAACCUGGGAGACCAUUAUCCUGCGUGGGCUGACCGUGAUGCAAGGGCAACAUUACAGCCAAACAUGUUAAAGUUGAGAGAUGGCCAUCCAUCCACUGGAAUCGGCAGACACACCUAAGCCUGCAGCGCCGAAACUGACUAGCUUUUCCAUUUGCACACUUGUGUGUUGAGUCUCAUUUGAAGGAGGAAGGGCCUGAAGACAGUGCGGGGAUGUGAGGGGACAGGGAGUAUGCAUCAAAUGCAGAGGUCGCAAAUCCGAAUACCAUCUCAACAUGGAUUUGUUUUUUUAAGCGAUCACCACAAACCUUUUUUUAUCUUUUGCUUGGGGUGGGUUUGGGGUGAGGUUUAUUAAAUCAGCCCUGGGUGGGGAGAGACUUCAUCUAGCUAUGUGAUCUUUCAGAAAAGUAAGUGGAACAUGCUGCCUCUUUUCAAUUCUGUCAGUGCUUCCACAUGGAAACAAAACGCAAUAAAAUUUUUCCAAAACCUGUU